GAGGGCGGCGCCCGGGCGGCGGCUGCCGCGGACCUUUAGGUAAACCUCGAUCUGGGCCGGCGGUCGGGAGUCGGGGGCCGCUCGGGAGGCCCCCUCGGGGAAGUGUGCGCUGUGGGCCCUGGGGCGGCCCCCUUGUUCAGGCCGCGCGGGAAACCGAGUCAGGGGGCGCCUCUCCAAGGUCACCAGAUGCUUUCCAGGAAGAGAGGGGACACCUUGCUGAUGCCACCGUCCUCAAACCAGUCUUCUCCACCUGCCUGCUGUCUGCCCGGGAUUCCUGGAAACUUCUGGUUGGAGGAGAUCUGUCCACGCUCACACUGGGCAAGAGGAAGCCAAGACCACAGCCAUGAGCGAGUCACAUGUGCAGAGGCUGUCCACCAUCCUGCUGGAUGCCAUCACCGACAAAGACCCUCUGGUGCAGGAGCAGGUGUGUGGGGCCCUGUGCGCCCUGGGAGAGUCACGGCCUGAAGAGGUGCUCCUCGCCUGUGCGGAGCACCUGCGCCAGCAUGAGAAGCUGGCGCACCCCUACCGGACCAUGAUCCUGAGGGCGGUGGAGACGGUCGUGAGCAGCCGCAUCGGCGAGCUGGACAAGGACGUGGCCAGGACCAUCAUCCUCCUGGCCUCCGGCGAGAUGACCAGAGCCAAGGAACUGGUUUGCGACUGGCAGCAGGCCGCCAGCAACGUCCUUGUGGCGCUGGGGAAGCGUUUCGUCGGCAAGGUGAUGGAGGAGAUGCUGAGCAAGUUCCAGCCCGGGCUCCUGCCGCACUAUUUUGUGGUGCAGACGCUCGCCAACCUCUCCGUGUCCAAUGUGUUCGGCACGGUGCCCUUCCUGACGUCCAUCCUGAGCACCAUGCUGCCCAUGCUGAGCCUGGCCAAGCACGACUCCAUGAGGGUGGUGUUCUGUUUCGCUCUGCAGCGCUUCAGCGAGAGCACCCUGGAGUACCUGGCCAACCUGGACCAAGCCCCAGACCCCACAGUCAGGAAAGAUGCCUUCGCCACCGACACCCUCAGCGCCUACGAUAUCCUCUUUCACCAAUGGCUGCAGAGCCGGGAAGCCAAGCUCCGGCUCGCUGUGGUGGAGGCCCUGGGGCCCAUGAGCCACCUGCUGCCCAGCGAGAAGCUGGAGGAACAGCUGCCCAAGCUCCUGCCUGGGGUCCUCGCCCUCUACAAGAAACAUGCCGAGACCGUCCACACGUCCAAGAGCCUGGCCCAGAUCCUCGAGGCGGCGGUGAGCGUGGGCAGCCGCACGCUGGAGGUCCAGCUCGACUCCGUCCUGGCCGCGCUGCACGCUCAGGUCUGCGUGCCUGUGGAGUCGUCCAGCCCCCUGGUGAUGAGCAACCAGAAGGAGGUGCUGCGCUGCUUCACGGUGCUGGCCUGCUGCUCGCCUGACCGCCUGCUGGCCUUCCUACUGCCCAAGCUGGACUCCAGCAGCGAGAGGACCCGUGUGGGCACCCUGCAGGUGCUGAGGCAUCUCAUCAACGCGGCCGCCGCGCAGAUGGAAGUUAAGAAACCCUUCAUCCUCUCCUCCAUGAAGCUCCCCCUUCUGGACACCAACAGCAAGGUGAAGCGGGCCGUGGUGCAGGUGAUCAGCGCCAUGGCCCACCACGGCUACCUGGAGCAGCCUGGAGGCGAGGCGAUGAUGGAAUACGUGGUGCAGCAGUGCGCGCUGCCGCCUGAGUCGGAGCCUCAGAAGCCCUGCGCCGACAGCGAGAACCUCCCGGCCGACGGCGUGCGGGCCAUCAGCAUCAGCACCCUCUACCUGGUCAGCACCACCGUGGACAGGAUGAGCGACGUCCUCUGGCCGUACCUGCUCGAGUUCCUCGUCCCCGUGCGCUUCACCCGGGCGCUGACCCCGCUCUGCCGGAGCCUCGUGCAUCUGGCCCAGAAGAGGCAGGAGCAGGACGCCGGUGCCUUCCUCAUCCAGUACAACGGCAACGUGACCCUUCCGUCGCCCUACGCCAUAACCACGAGACUUCUGGUCGUGUCUUCCAAGCCCUACCUGGGGGAUGGUCGCGGAGCGGCCUCCCUGCGCCUUUUGAGCGUCUUGCAUCGGAACAUCCAUCCUGAGCUGGGCCAGCGGUGGGCAACAACCAUCCCUCUGCUGCUGGAGCACCUGGAUGAAUAUACUGAGGAAACCCUGCCACAGAAGGAAUGGGAGGAGAAGCUGCUGAUGUUCCUUAGAGACACCCUGGCUGCUGUGGCUGACAAUACGUGGAUUUGCCAGCUGAGUCUGGAGAUGUGCAGGCAGCUACCGAACUACAACGAGACGCCCCAGGAGAAGAACUUCCUGUACAAAUGCAUAGGAACCACCCUGGGCGCUGCUUCACAUAAGGAGGUGGUGAGAAAACAUCUGCAGGAGCUUCUGGAGACGGCCAGAUACCAGGAGGAGACCGAGCGUGAGGGCCUUGCAUGUUGCUUCGGGAUCUGUGCCAUCUCCCACCUGGACGACACGCUGGCCCAGCUGGAGGACUUUGUAAAAUCGGAUGUGUUCAGAAAAUCCACGGGCAUUUUCAACAUUUUUAAGGAUCGAAGCGAGAACGAGGCGGACAAGGUGAGGAGCGCGCUGGUCCUGUGUUACGGGCACGUGGCAGCGCGGGCCCCCCGCGAGCUGGUGCAGCCCAGGGUGGAGUCGGACAUCUUCCGGAACAUGUCCCAGUGCUUCAGCACCAAGGUUCUGGGGAUAAAGGACCCGACGCUGAGGCUGAGCCUCGUGCGGAGCGUGUGCAUGGCCAGCCAGGCCAUCUGCGGCAGUGCCCAGGGCAGCGCCUUCCACUUCUCCAGGAAGGCGGAGCUGGUGGUGCAGAUGACGGAGUUCAUCAAGGCAGAGCCCCCGGACUCCCUGAGGACCCCCAUUCGGAAGAAGGCCAUGCUCGCCUGCACUUACCUGGCGUAUCCUUUCCCGUGGGUGCGCGGGCUCGGGGCUCAGGGCGGGCUGGAGAGGCUCCAGGCCCUUAACUCGAGGCUCAGCUCCCUGGAGCCGGCGCUGGAAGAGCAGGUGCAGGCAGAGCUGGUCCACAGUUGCCUGCACAGCGUCUUGGCCGUGCUGCCUGAGCCCACAGUGGAGGACGGCCGCCAGGAGUCCCUGUACCUGGACACCAUGCAGGCCCUCAAGGACCUGCUCACGAGCCUCCUUCAGCGAGACAUGACCUCCCAGGGCCUGCAGCGCAUGGUGGAGCACCUGAGCCCGUGGAUCAAGUCCCCAAGGGGCCAUGAGCGAGUGCGGGCGCUCGGCCUGAGUGCUUGCCUGCUGCAGUACUUCCUGGAGCACCUGCAUGUCAGCGCCGUGGUGCCCUUCCACAACCUGGGCCUCCUCAUCGGCCUCUUCUCCCCACGGUGCGCGGACCUCUGGCCCGCCACUCGCCAGGAGGCGGUGAGCUGCGUCUACUGCCUGCUCUACCUCCAGCUGGGCUAUGAGGGCUUCUCCCGCGACUACCGGGACGACGUGGCCGAGCAGCUCCUCGCCCUCAAGGAUGGCCUCGUGCACCCUGACCCCGCUGCCCUCUUCCACUCCUGCCACAGCAUAGCCCAGGUGAUCGCCAAGCGCCUCCCUCCAGAUCAACUCAUCAGCCUCCUGCUGACCUUAUUUGAGGGCCUGGGAGACCCCGACAAGGACUGCUCCCGAGCUGCCACUGUCAUGAUCAACUGCUUGCUGAAGGAGCGAGGCCACUUGCUCCUGGAGAAGGUGCCCGAGCUCGUGAGCGUGCUGCGCGCCAAGCUCCAGGAGACCCGAGAGGAGCAUGUCCUGCAGGCCGCACAGCACAGCGUGUACCUCCUGGCAUCGCAGCACCAUGCAGCCGUGGUGUCCAGCCUCCUGGGCAGCCCUCUGCCCUUUGACAGCCACACCGGCACCCUGUGGCGCGCGCUGGCCGUGGAGCCCGGCCUCACCGCGCAGGUCCUGGGUCUGCUCCUGGAGAAGCUGAGCAGGGACGUCCCGUUCAAGGAGGGCCGAGCCUUCCUGCUGAGCACCACGCCCGACCGUGUGGCCACACUGCUGCCCCUCGCGGCCACCUGUGCCCUGUACGAGGUCACGUCUGUCCCGGCCUCCGGGCCUGCAGUGCUGGAGCUCUACCCCCAGCUGUUUGCGGCGCUCCUGCUGCGUGUCAGCUGCACUGUGGGCGUCCAGUUGCCCCGGAACCUGCAGGCCAAGGAGAGGAGGAGUAGCGGCUCGAGCCUGGGCUUCAGGAGCCUUGAGCCCUGCAGCUCUGCGGUGGAUGCGCUGCAAGCCGUGCUUCUCCGAGGCGGCAACGAGGAUGUGGUGCAGCGCAUGGAGCUGGAGGGGGGCUGGGAGCUGCUCAGGACCUCGGCAGGGCACGAAGAAGGUGUCGCCCGGCUGGCCAGCGCCAUGGCAAAGUUCGCCGGCCCCCGGCUGCCCUUGGUGACGAAGGCGCUGUUCAGCACGCAGAGCAGCGUGUACGACAUCCAGAGGGUCACCUCCACAGCUUUCCUGGCCGAGCUGCUCAGCAGCAACGUGGUGAGGGACCUGAUGCUCUUGGAGUCGCUGCUGGACAACCUGGCAGCGCGGCAGAAGGACAGCUGCGCGAGCGUGCGGCGGCUGGUGCUCCGGGGUCUGGCCAACGUGGCCACCGGCUCCCCCGACAAGGUGCGGGCCCACGGCCCCCAGCUCCUGACGGCCAUGAUCGGAGGGCUGGACGACGGGGAUGCCGCCCACAGCCUCGUGGCCCUGGAGGCCAUGGUGGGCCUCGCGCGGCUGCUGGACCUAGUGGAGGCCUGGGACCUACGCUCCGUGCUUCUGCACGUGGCCAUUCGCAUCCGGCCCUUCUUUGACAGCGAAAAGAUGGAGUUCCGUGCGGCAUCCAUCCGCCUCUUCGGGCACCUCAACAAGGCCUGCCGCGGGGACUGUGAGGACGUCUUCCUGGAGCAGGUUGUGGGCGGGCUGGCACCCCUGCUCUUACACCUGCGGGACCCCCAGGCCCCCGUGACCGCGGCCUGCAGGUUCGCCCUGCGCAUGUGCGGCCCCAAUCUGGAGUGUGAGGAGCUGGCCGCCGUCUUCCAGAAGCACCUACAGGAGGGCCGGAGCCUGCACUUCGGGGAGUUUCUCAACACCACCUGCAAGCACCUGAUGCACCACUUCCCGGACCUGCUGGGCCGCCUGGUGAGCACCAGCCUGUUCUACUUCAAGAGCAGCUGGGAGGACGUCCGAGCUGCGGCCCCCAUGCUCACAGGGUUCCUGGUGCUGCACGUGGAAGCUGAGCACAGGCCACAGGUGGACCUGGAGCAGCUCCUUGCAGCGCUCCAGCUCCUGCUCAAGGACCCGGCCCCCGCAGUGCGCGCAAAGGCUGCCGAGACCCUGGGCCGCCUGGUGAAGUUCGCCUGAGGCUCCCCGGCAGGGCUGCCCUGACAAGCAGUUGUGGCCUGGGCCUCCAAGACGGGACCCUAACGAGCAGAGCAGAGCGGAGAGUCCCCGGCCCACAGCGAGGUGGGGGGGCGAGGGCCACCAGGGUGCGCAGUUUGCUGUUGCCCCCACCCACCCCAAAUAAAGCCAUUUGCUCCUCAGCA